AACGCUUGCUGCCGCGUUCAACAAUGUUAUCCCGAGUUCUUUUUGUUGUUGGUUUUUUAGCUUCCUUUCAAUGUUUUUCGUUAAACGGUGACGAUGUUAAAAUGCUUGAUAGAAGCUAUCCACAACACUGCACAGACGUUAACAAGACACACCAUAGGGACUCCUUUUACGUAAUACAACCCGAAUUUGCUGAUCGACCCUUCCAAGUUAAAUGCGACUUGGAACAUGAUGGAGGGGGUUGGACUGUCAUUAUGAACAGAGAUCCGAAAGGCUCAAGUUUUGCCAGAGAUUGGGACAGCUUCGAGUUCGGUUUUGGCGAUCUGAGAAAGGAGUUUUGGUUAGGAUUAGAAAAUAUUUACCAGUUAGCAGGCUAUAGUAUGAACGAGCUCCACAUCGAACUCGUCGACCAGGGGCACGUCACGAAAUACAUCCGUUACCAGAACUUCAUGAUCGGCAAUAGAGCGAGCUAUUAUGAUUUACAUAUGUUAACUGGGUACAAUGAGGGUGAUGGUAACCCUUCGGACCCCAUGAAAUUUUAUAUUGGAAUGAAAUUUGGCACGGAGGAUAAACACGAACUCGAAUGCGAAGAUUAUGUUGAAAAAUGGGGAUGGUGGGGCCCAGGCUGCGGUCCCGACAGCCUUACGGGGAACUGCAUAGGUUUGUCGACUAGCACGGUAACCUGCUCCCUGGCGGUGACGAUGAAGAUCAGACCGUCCCCAUCUAAGGAAUCUUAAAAAACAAUAACGUACUUUUAAAAAAUACAAAGAACGGUGGUGCGUAUCAAUACGGUAUAUUGUAUCUGGAAAAAAAACUUCAACAAGUUCGCGCCGUCUACCUUCAUCUUGGUAGAGAAAACACGUUUAUAUGUCGGACGCAUUAAACGUUUGUUUUGCCUACGUCGCAUACAUUUACAUUCGGUUGUCCAGAUACAUUUACUUUUGGAGUUGAUUCUCAGGGUAUUAUACACGUUUAUUUUUUUGUAUUUGAUACAUAGAUACGUUUAAAGUAAUUUUAUUUGUUUUUAUUGUUAAACUUUCAUAUGUAGCGAAUUGUUGUUUGUGGUGUAUAGUAGUUAAA